UUUUCACCAAAUCUGACUUGACUUUUAUAGUUCCUUUCACUAUCUCCAAAUAUCCAUUUACAAAAAAAAUCAACAAUGUUAUUUACCAAUGAUACUAACUAUCUUGGAAUUUUUUCACAUUAUUAACAUAACCUAGGAAAGUGAAGGUUCAUUUAUAUGGGAACAGUUUGAAUCAUUCAACUAUGUAAUCCAUUUAAAAGAUGUACACAAUGAGUGUCCACUCUGCGGCUUUCAACGAUAGCAGGCACUUUCUCUCCAACGUUUUUGGUAAUCCUGGCUCAUCAGGUGGUAGAGAAGAAGAUGAUGGAGGAUUAGAUGUUGAGGGUAAAGUCAAAACAAGACUACUUUCCAUGUGGAAUAACGUUAAAUAUGGCAUGAAAUUAAAAACUAAUUUCUCAAAAGAAUCUCCGGUGUGGCUCCUCGGCAGAUGUUACCACAAAAAACUUGAAAAUACUGACUUAACAGAGGUAGCAACUGAUGUUGCUGCUUUUCAAAGUCAAGGGAAUUUAACAACAAAUGAAGAUGAAGGUUUUGAAGGUUUUAAAUCAGAUUUUAUAAGUCGUAUUUGGAUGACUUAUCGAAGGGAAUUUCCUCUUCUCAAUGGAUCGUCUUACAGUAGUGAUUGCGGAUGGGGUUGUAUGCUAAGGAGUGGCCAAAUGAUGCUUGCUCAAGCUUUGAUUUGUCACAUUCUUGGAAGAAGUUGGAGAUGGAAUUCUGAAUUAGAACCGUUAACGCGUGAACUUGUGAUAGAAAACGUGAACCAUAGGAAAAUAAUUAAAUGGUUUGGUGAUAAAAAAAGUAGAAAUAGUCCAUUUUCCAUUCAUGAGUUGGUCCGAUUUGGGGAAAGUUCCGGUAAAAAGGCUGGUGAUUGGUACGGACCUGGUUUUGUGGCACAUCUUUUAAAGCAAGCUGUAAAAUCUGCCGCACAAGAUAACUACGAAUUCGAUUCAAUUACCGUUUACGUAGCUCAAGAUUGCGCAGUUUAUACAGAAGACAUUUUAGAAGAGUGUUUAUUAAAAGAUGGCAAAUGGAAAUCGUUGAUACUUCUCAUUCCAGUCCGUUUGGGGGCGGAAAAAUUUAAUCAAAUUUACGCCCCGUGUUUAACGGCACUUUUUAGUUUAGAACAAUGUAUAGGCGUGAUCGGGGGUCGACCGAAACAUUCUUUAUAUUUUAUCGGUUAUCAAGAUGAUAAAUUAAUCCAUUUAGAUCCACAUUAUUGUCAAGAAAUGGUCGACGUGUGGGCGAGCGAUUUUCCACUGACAAGCUUCCAUUGUAGAUCACCUCGCAAAAUGCAUCUUAGCAAAAUGGAUCCAUCGUGUUGUAUUGGGUUUUAUUGUUCUAGUAAAAAUGAUUUCAUCGAUCUUAAAGAAAAAUUAAAUAUGUUAUCUAUUCCCCCAAAAACAACAAACGCCACAAUUGACUAUCCUAUGUUUGUUUUUGCGGAAGGACAUGGUAAAGACGCCCAAGCAACUCCAUCGCAUUAUCAUAACUCUCAAAUCGAUUAUCACGGGGAUGAUUUAGAUUCCGAUUAUAUCGAAACGGAGGAAUUUGAAGUAUUAUAAUUAAAUCUAAUGAAUAAUUUAUUUAAAUAAUA